AUGUCAGCUCCAACUCCUGUAUCAUACUCUGAUAUUGGUAAGGCCGCUUCAGAUUUGUUUAGCAAAGAUUUUCCACUUGAUUUAAAGCUUGAAGUAAAAAAUCUUGCUUCGAAUAAUGUUGUAUACCAAACAACUUAUGGUGAAUUAAAAACUAAAUAUGUUUAUCCAAAACGAGGAGUCACCCUUACUCAAACAUGGACGACAACAAAUAAUUUGAUAGCGAAAAUUGAGCUUGACAAUAGUCUUUCCAAAGGUUUAAAGCUUGAGUUAGAACCAAGUCUUCAACCUUCAUCUGGAGAUAAAAAUAUUAAAGGUGGUUUGAUAUUCAAACAACCGGGUUUACACUCAAAAGCAUAUUUUGAUAUGGACAAAGGUCCUAUUUUUCAAGCUGAUACUGUGAUCGGGAAAGAAGGAUUUUUAGUUGGUGGUGAUACCUCAUAUGAUGUGGCAGAUGGUAAAAUUUCACGUUAUGGUAUAGCUGCUGGAUAUGUCGCACCUGAUUAUAGUAUCACUCUCCGUGCAACGAAUUUAUUGUCUACUUAUACGCUUUUGUAUUUUCAUCGUGUACAAUCUGAUAUCGAGGCUGGUGCCAAAGCCGUAUUGGAUGAUAGUGAACUUAGACCAGGUAUCAAAUUAUCUUUGGGUGGUCAUAUUGAUGCAACUCGUUUGAGCGAGGAUGUACAUCGAUUCGGGUUCUCCCUUAAUUUUGAAUCUUAA